AUGGCAUCAAGUGAAACUGGGUCAAGUUGUUUCACUGAGUGUCUUGGUAGUAUAAUAGAUCAAAUGUGUCGUAAAUCAUCUUAUUCAAAUUCUGUUAAACUUAUCAAUUCAAAUUAUUCAGAUGAAAAUUUAGCACAAAGUUUUACUUAUCAAGUUGUAUCAGUUUUGAAGGGAAAAAUUAUACCUUAUAGUCUAAGAAGAUUAUUGUGGCCGCUGGCAUUAUUUACAGUAGCCGAAUGGACUAGAUCAGAAUUGGAAAAUCCAAUUAUUUGGAAUGGACACAAAAUGAGAGAAUUAGAAUCAUCUGCUCGAAGAAAUUUUGGCGUUUUAUUGGCAUCUGGAACCGCAAAACUUGGAUUGACUACUCCAAUGUGUUCAAAAUUUGAUGACAUCAUUAAGAAAAGUGUGAAAGAGAUAAGUUUAGAACUUGAAACGAAAUUCAAAAAUCAACAAAAACAGUUUAAACAAUUCAAAGAACAAUCAGUGAAAAUUUUAAAUGUAUUUUAUACAGCUAAACAAAUUUAUGAUCCACUUUAUAUUUAUUGGCUUCUUCCUAUUCAUUUUGCACUUAGUAAAGAAUAUAUUUAUGAAUUAAUUAAACAUUUUCCUGAUAUACCAACAAAAGUUCCUAUUAAUUCAGUUGAUGAAGGUAUUCAAAUCUAUUCAAUUGCUUUAUGUUUAAGUAUAUUUGUUGAUAUAAUGAGUAAAAGGUAUGGAUUAUAUCAUAAUAAUAUUAAUAAUAUAAUUGAAAAAACAAUGAACAAUAUCAAUCAACUACAAUGUAUUCAGCAUAUUAAAAAUGUUCAUAAAGAGUUUAUUCGCCAAAAUUCUAAUUCUAAUAAUAAUUUUUACAAGAAAUUGGAUUUUAAACUAUUUGUUGGCACUGUAAACAGUAUCGCUUUAUUAUAUUUUUGGGAUCAAUUAUUUUUAAAUUCAUUCAAUUGUGAUGUUAUUAUUGAAUUCGCUGAAACAAUCCUUGUAUUAUUAGGCUCAGAUAUUUUACAAAUUAAUAAUCUUAUUGAUAUGGAAAAACUAUUUAACCAUGGACCGAAUAAACUUCUAACGAAGGACAUAAUUCAAACAUGGAAUAUGAUUCAUUUAGAUAAAGUUUUAGAUGAUAAUUACUAUAAAUUAAACAGACUUUCUGGGAAAUUAGUGUGA